UGAUUCAAAUAUUCCCAUUCCACUACUUAGCUAAUACAAAUAUAAUCAUGUAUUAUCCUUCUCAUCUUUUAGCAUUAUUAUUUUCUUGGUUCUUAGCCAUUUUUGUUGCUCGCAAAUACAAAAUUAGAAUCGGAACAAGUGCAGGAAUAGGGGCACCUAAAGGUCCCGUUGCGUGGCCCUUUAUAGGUCACCUCCAUCUGCUUAGUGGCCAGCUUCCCGUUUGUCGAACCCUUGGACUCAUGGCUGAUAAAUAUGGACCUAUUUUUCAACUGCAGCUUGGAGACCGUCCAGCUCUUGUUGUCAGCAGUUGGGAAAUGGUUAAAGAUUGCUUCACAGCUGCCAAUGACAAAAUAUUUGCUAGUCGACCAAGCAUGGCAAUAAGCAAGUACUUAGGUUAUAAUGGAGCCGUUUUCGCUUUUGCCCCUUACGGACCAUACUGGCGUGACAUUCGUAAAAUAAUAACUCUUGAACUCUUAACCAAUAGUCGCCUUGAGAAGUUGAAGCACGUCCGUACAUCAGAAGUGGAUUUUUGUAUUAAAGAAUUGUACUCAAAUUGUAGAAAUAAUUUUCCUGUACAAGUGAACCUAAGUAGCUGGUUUGAGGACAUAACGUGUAAUAUAAUCAUUAGAAUGCUUGCUGAGAAGCGAUUAACUGGAUGUACCGACGAUAUGAAUUUCAAAGAAUCUAUAAAGAAAGCGUUGUACCUCGGUGGAACUUUCGUUUUUUCUGACGCAAUUCCAUCGCUUGAAUGGAUGGAUAUUGGUGGGCAUAUUAAAGCAAUGAAACAAACCUUUAAAGAAGUUGAUAUUGUCUUUGAUAGAUGGUUAAAAGAACAUAUCCAGAAAAGGAAAGAUUCUCAUUCUACUGGAGACCAGUCUGAUUUUAUUGAUAUCAUGCUUUCUACCCUUCCAGAGGAAACCAUGGAGUCUGGAUACGACCGUGAUGCCAUUAUCAAGUCAACAAUUUUGAUACUUGUCAUGACGGCAUCAGAGAGCACUGCAGAGACAUUAAUAUGGAUACUAUCUCUGUUAAUGAAUAACACCCGCUCAUUGAAAUUAGCCCAGGAUGAGUUAGAUGAGCACAUAGGAAGAAACAAAUGGGUUGAAGAGUCCGAUAUCAAGAACCUUCCCUGUUUGCAAGCCAUAGUAAAAGAAACUUUACGUCUCUACCCUCCCGGUCCCUUGGCGGGGCCUCGAGAGGCCAUUGAAGACUGUUACGUCGGUAAGUAUCAUAUUAAAAAGGGCACUCGUUUGAUUGUUAACCUGUGGAAGCUUCAGCGAGACCCGAAAAUUUGGAAAGAUCCAAAUGAGUUUAAACCAGAGAGGUGGUUCUUGAAGGAACAUACAAAUAUUAAUUUUAGAGGACAAAAUUUUGAGUAUAUUCCUUUUAGCUCUGGAAGAAGAAUGUGCCCUGGUUUGAUGUUCGGAACCCAAGUAGUGCACUUGACGCUAGCGAAAUUACUUCAUGGAUUCAAUAUUUCAAUGCCAAGGGAGGAACCAGUAGAUCUAAGUGAAGGCUUAGGCAUUUCCUUGCCUAAAGUCAAGCCUCUUCAACCAUUUCUUUCUCCCAGAUUGGCUGUGGAACUCUAUCAAAAUCUUUGAACAAGUAAACAUAAUAAAAGAUAUGCAGGUCGAAUUUCAUAAGUUGAUGCCUAAUAUAUGCACGGCAUUAUUAAAUAAGUAGUACAUAUAUUGUAGGUUUACUAAAAAAGGGCAGCCCGGUGCACUAUAUUGUAGGUUUACUAUUUCUGUAUAAAAGGAUUAUGAUGUUUAAAGUAUCAUCACCAAAAGGUUAAAUUUUGGGACAAGUCAUUGUUUCCUUGUAUUUGAUGGUAAGACUUUGAUGCUUAUAAAUUACGCAAAAAGUACUUUUUAGU